UAGAGAGCUCCUAAAGACCCAAAAAGCCCGUGAAAAACUACCCAAAAUACACCAAGCACAAAUUGGAAUAAAACACACCUCCCAAACCUCAACUCCUUGUUUCCUGUAAGACUAAUACUCCGCCUGAAACUCCCUCUACGAGAACGUCUUCACGAUGCCCUACCUUUAAUCUUUCCUCAACUUGAGCUACCACCUUUAGCAUCGUAGUUGAUUGCCCAAGAAAUACGCUUUAGCUCCCUGCUUUUCUUAAAACUUGAUUUGGUUUCAAGCGAGUGGCUCGCCUCAAACGUAGUGAGUGGUGCUUUAAAUUGGUCUUCACUUCCUCCCUGUGAGAGCCCCACGAUAUGUUGAAUCUCGUUAACCUUAUGCAGAACCCAAUCCGAUGGCGAACGCGCUAUAUUGUUUAUCGGAGAGAGAGAAACCAGGGGAACAACAUUAUCUCCAGACAUAGUACCUAACUGCACUCCUGACUCUAGACAUUCUUCCUCACAAGGCACCAAUAACAAACCCAUAAUUUCCUUUCCGCCAUAUCUUGCAUUCGAAUCCCAAACCUCCUCAACAGCUAUAUGGUUGCUGUCCAUUGUUGUUGUCACUAUUAAAGGUUCCUUCCCUCCAUCGACGAGGACAUUGCUUGUAUGUGCUCCACCCCCUGAAGAUCCUUUUGUGCCUCUUUGUCAGACCCUACUGCUCCCUCAGGAAGCAUGUAAUAGGUAGGGAAAGCACUACCUUUUGUUACCCUAUUUUUAUCUUCUAAAAGAGGCUUGUCAGUUUCUUCCAAAGUACUCAAGACCCUGGAAGUACCCCCAUCUUCAACUGAAAGUGAACCCUGGAAAAAAGUACCAACCCUAUUUGCAAUUGGUGACUGAGGGCAGUUAGACGACAAGCUACCGAUGUCCUGAGUGACAUCGGUGUGAACAGUGAUGUUGGUGUCCAAUGACCCUUAAGACCCCCUCCACUUCUCCAACGUUACUUGAUAGCCUUUGUCUCCUACAAGUGUCUUACCCUUUCCUUUCGCCGUGGAGCUAUUCUCGGCUAUACUACCCACCAGUGACCUCAACACCGAAGUGUAUAAGGCACCUUUGACCGAGGAAGGCCUUCCUACUGUCUUUCCAUCAACAAACUCCCCUAUGUUUGCAUGCUUCAGAAUAACGGCUUUUGACCCAUUAACGCUUCGAAUGGACUGCAGAAAACCUUUCCAUCAUGCCAUUUUCGCCUUCCAAAAUCACCAACUAACCUUUCCUACUUCCAUUAUGGAAUUCUGAGAGUUGCAGAAAGCUGCCCCUUGUGUUAAUAUGGUGUUGAAUGAUGAGAACUCCAUUACCCGUCCUUAGCUCCAUGAAGAAUCCUUCAUGACAAUUGAGUUUUAAACAAUCCUCUAUCCCCUUAGCCACCCACGAAGCUACCGUCCCACCUAGACACAUGAACUUAGCCAUCCUUUUACUACACUCAGAGAUGCGAAAGCUAUUUCCUCAUUUUUUUUCUUAAAAAUGAAAGUUUUUGGUUCCACCUUCAGCCACUGCUCACCUUCCAUCAGAGAUGAAUCCAUGUCGCGUGUCGUAAUCGUCUGAUCCCAAGUCACAAGAUCAUCUCCUAGGAUAAUCUUGCUUCGUCAUCUCAAGGAUUAUACAAAAAUAAAACGUAGAUCAGAAACACCAGAUCUGUGCCGACGAAAAUGCAAAUCAAAAUCCCGAUUAUCGAAGGGGGAUCGACGUCAGAGGGCCCUCAAAGGAGUUGCGGAAGUCCAUCAAUCUUGUCUGUGGCAGUGGCGGUGGUGGAGGCACAAGUUCGAUGGUCAAUGUCGCCUCCGAGAAAGACAGAGAGAAUCUUGCAAAAAUCCACGUCGCCGGAGCUAGGACCUAUGCCGGACAGCCCUUAGCGAAGUCGUCGGGGCACGUUGGCCUUGUCUGUGCUGGUUGUGAGGUGUCACUCGCCGGUCUAGGGUGGGUGAAGGGUGGUGGCAGGUUUUCUCUCUCUGUAGGGUUUCCUCUCUCCAGCAAAUACAUCACCAAACUUACAGCUGAAUCUUGCUUGCAGUGGUAAAGAACGCUGUGGUCAUAUCAGAUAUGUUAUAUUGAGCCUGUGAUGGUCAUACUUCAUGAGCGGGAGCCGACUUGGGCUGGGCGUGUGUCUUGGAAGCACCAUACUUGCAUGAUUUCUGCACUCAGUAUCAGCACAUCUAUGAAGCAGCAUCCCCUUAUAUGGUCAGCCGUUAAUCUCCCUCAUGAUGCAUACAAGCUACUUGCAGUCCCUUCUCCUAUUGGUGGUGUUCUUGUGAUUGGUGCAAAUUCUAUUCACUAUCAUAGUCAGUCAGCCUCAUGUGCGUUGGCUUUGAACAAUUAUGCGGUUCCUGUUGACAGCAGUCAGGAGAUGCCGAGAUCAAGUUUUAGUGUAGAGCUUGAUGUUGCCAAUGCAACUUGGUUAUUGACUGAUGUGGCCUUGGUGUCAACAAAAACUGGGGAACUGCUUUUACUGACCCUGGUUUAUGAUGGCCGGGUUGUGUACAGACUUGAUCUUUCAAAAUCUAAAGCUUCGGUGCUUACAUCGGGGAUUACAACAAUUGGGAACUCCUUUUUUUUUCUGGGCAGCCGGUUGGGAGAUAGUUUGCUUGUGCAAUUUACUUGUGGAUUGGGUUCUGCGAUACUGUCAUCUGGUCAAAAGGAAGAGGUUGGAGAUAUCGAAGGUGAUGCCCCUCCAGUAAAGCGAUUGCGAAGAUCAUCUUCGGACGCUUUGCAAGAUAUGGUUAGCGGUGAUGAGAUUUCCUUGUAUGGCUCUGCUCCAAAUAAUGCAGAUUCAACACAGAAAACCUUCUCAUUUGCUGUGAGGGAUUCAUUGAUUAAUGUUGGUCCUUUGAAGGACUUCUCUUAUGGUUUAAGGAUAAAUGCAGAUGCAAAUGCAACUGGAGUUUCCAAACAAAGUAACUAUGAACUGGUAUGUUGUUCUGGUCAUGGAAAGAAUGGUGCACUAUGUGUUCUUCGGCAGUCGAUUCGCCCAGAAAUGAUUACUGAGGUUGAACUACCUGGUUGCACAGGAAUUUGGACUGUCUACCACAAGAACGCUCGUGGUCAACUGGCCACUGACGAUAAUGAGUAUCAUGCCUAUCUGAUAAUAAGUCUUGAGGCUCGUACAAUGGUACUUGAAACGGCUGAUCUUCUGACUGAAGUUACUGAAAGUGUUGACUACUUUGUGCAAGGGAGAACACUUGCUGCAGGGAAUUUAUUUGGAAGGCGUCGAGUUGUCCAGGUCUUUGAACGUGGUGCUCGAAUUUUAGAUGGUUCUUUUAUGACUCAAGAUCUAAAUGUUGGAGUACCAAACUCUGAAUCUGGUUCUGAGAGUUCCACUGUAUUGUCUGUCUCUAUCGCUGAUCCAUAUGUGUUACUGAGAAUGACUGAUGGAAGCAUUCGGCUGCUUGUUGGAGAUCCUUUAACUUGCACUGUUUCCAUGUACACUCCAUCUUCUUUUGAGACCUCAAAGAAAUUCGUAUCUGCCUGUACGCUGUAUCAUGAUAAAGGACCUGAGCCAUGGCUCCGGAAGACAAGUACUGAUGCAUGGCUUUCUACAGGAAUAAGUGAGGCAAUUGAUGGUGCCGAUGGUGCACCACAUGAUCAGGGUGAUAUAUAUUGUGUUGUUUGUUAUGAAAGUGGUGCACUCGAAAUAUUAGAUGUGCCUAACUUCAAUUGUGUUUUUUCUGCGGAAAAGUUCAUGUCUGGGAAUCCCCUCCUUGUUGAUGCAUUUAUGCCAGAACCAGCCAAAGAUAUUGAAGUGACGAAGAGAAGUUCCGAAGAAGUUACUGGCCAAGGCAGGAAAGAAAGUACACAGAACAUGAAGGUUGUUGAGUUGGCCAUGCAGAGAUGGGCAGGACAGCAUAGCCGCCCUUUCCUUUUUGGGAUAUUGAGUGAUGGAACAAUUCUUUGCUACCACGCAUAUUUAUAUGAAGGUGCUGAGAGUAACUCUAGAGUUGAAGAUUCAGCUUCUGUACAGAAUUCUGGUGGUUUAAGUAGCAUCAGUGCUUCUAGACUUAGAAAUUUGAGAUUUGUCCGUGUCCCCUUGGACACGUAUGCAAGGGAGGAGACACCAAGUGGGUCGCCAUGCCAAAGAAUUACCAUUUUCAAGAAUAUUGGUGGCCACCAAGGCUUGUUCCUUUCUGGAUCAAGACCAGCAUGGUUUAUGGUAUUCAGGGAGCGGCUUCGAGUUCAUCCACAGCUAUGCGACGGAUGUAUUGUUGCCUUCACUGUUCUCCACAAUGUUAAUUGCAAUCAUGGGCUCAUAUAUGUUACAUCACAGGGCAUUUUGAAAAUUUGCCAACUGCCAUCUGUAUCAAGCUAUGACAACUAUUGGCCAGUACAAAAAAUUCCACUGAAAGGCACCCCACAUCAAGUCACCUACUUUGCUGAGAAGAAUUUAUACCCCCUUAUAGUUUCAGUUCCUGUUCAUAAGCCAUUGAAUCAAGUUCUUUCAUCUCUGGUUGAUCAAGAAGUUGGCCAUCAGGUUGAAAAUCAUAAUUUGGGUUCCGAUGAGCAGCAUCGGACUUAUACAGUAGAUGAAUAUGAGGUCCGCAUUUUGGAACCAGAAAAGUCUGGUGGCCCUUGGCAAACUAUGGCUACAAUUCCAAUGCAGAGUUCUGAAAAUGCUCUAACUGUGCGAGUGGUUACAUUGUUGAAUACCAUUACCAAAGAGAAUGAAACACUUUUGGCUAUUGGGACUGCUUAUGUGCAAGGGGAAGAUGUUGCUGCAAGAGGACGUGUGCUUUUAUUUGCUGUUGGAAAAAACACCGAUAAUCCCCAAAAUUUGGUUUCAGAGGUUUACUCAAAGGAAUUGAAGGGUGCUAUAUCUGCUUUAGCCUCUCUUCAAGGCCAUUUGUUGAUAGCUUCUGGUCCUAAAAUAAUUUUACACAACUGGACUGGUACUGAGUUGAAUGGCAUUGCAUUUUUCGAUGCUCCUCCAUUAUACGUCGUGAGCUUAAAUAUCGUCAAGAAUUUUAUCCUCCUUGGGGACGUUCACAAAAGCAUUUACUUUCUUAGCUGGAAGGAGCAGGGAUCUCAACUUAGCUUAUUAGCAAAGGAUUUUGGCUCCCUUGAUUGUUUUGCAACAGAGUUUUUAAUUGAUGGAAGUACCCUCAGCCUCAUAGUUUCAGAUGAUCAAAAGAACAUUCAGAUAUUUUAUUAUGCGCCAAAGAUGUCCGAGAGUUGGAAGGGACAGAAGCUUCUUUCGAGGGCUGAGUUUCAUGUUGGUGCCCAUGUGACUAAGUUCUUGAGGUUGCAGAUGCUUUCCACUUCAUCGGACCGGAGUGGUGCAGCUCCAGGCUCUGAUAAAAUCAAUCGAUUUGCUUUGUUGUUUGGUACCUUGGACGGCAGCAUUGGUUGCAUUGCACCUCUUGAUGAACUCACAUUUCGUAGACUGCAGUCAUUACAAAGAAAGCUUGUUGAUGCUGUUCCCCAUGUUGCUGGCCUAAAUCCAAGAUCUUUCCGCCAGUUCCGCACAAAUGGAAAGGCCCAUCGAUCUGGCCCUGACAGCAUAGUUGAUUGUGAGCUGCUAUGCAAUUACGAGAUGCUUCCAUUGGAGGAACAGCUUGAAAUCGCCAAUCAGAUUGGAACAACUCGUUCACAUAUUCUCUCAAAUUUGACUGACCUCUCUUUAGGAACGAGCUUCUUGUGAUUUCAGCCAAUCUAUAGCAGGUCACAGGAGUUGAGGAAAGCACAAUAGAGAGGUGCUGAAUGCAUGGGCUGCCUGAAUCGAGCAAUCUGCCGAAGAUGUUGCGUUUUAAGACUCAGUUGAAUCAGCCAUCAUCUGUAUGAGCUAACAACAGAAAAAGGUGGGCAGAAGGAAGCCGAAAAGGCUGUUGCUUCUUUGUUGCAGGUCAAAUGUGAUGCACUAUUGAAGAGGUGCUCCAAUCAAUGAAUGGGCAUUUCUUUUAUGUAAUGAGAAUCAUCAAAUUAUCAAACAUGCUGUACAUUAAAUAUAUGUUAUGUACCAUUGUAGAGGGAGAAGCGUGAAAGAAGCAAAAGAUAGUUGUUGCUUUAUUGUUGUACAUUAGUCUGAAACUUCAUUUCA